ACAAAUACUUAAGAGAAAUUGUGGAAUUGAGUGACAUGGAAGCUUCUACUCUGCUCAACGAUAUCAACAAUAUAUCCAACUCUAUUGGCACGGGAAGCAACUAUAAUGCAUCAGACCCAGUUAUGCAUAUGUCAGUUUCCGAAGCCGAGAAGCUAAUGAAAAAGCUCGAGAGAGAUUAUCAACACACCUACAAGAACUACAAAGAAACCCGAUCAAACUGGCAUAGCUUCUACAUAAAAGAAGGACAUUCUAGUUAUCGCAGUAGCCAAGCUGGAUUCCUUAUCGGAUACUACAAAGAUCUGCGAGAGCUACUGCAGAAUGAUCUUGAAAAACUAUAUAAAGCAGAAGAAACGCAAAGAAAAACAGAAAACCCUGAUUAUUGCAAGCAAUUCUUGCUGCAUGGUUGUAAAAGCUUGGCCCAAGAAAAGAGGAUACUACACCAGAUAGGAGAAACACCAAAUCAACAACUAGAUAAACAUCUGGAAAACAAUGACCUGUUUCGAAAAAGAAACUGGGAGAUCAAUCAUUUCAGUCACUAUCAAAGCAAAAUUCCAAAAAGUAGCAGCAGCAAAGGAGUACAUGACCUGCUCAGGAGAUUUAAAGACACAGUGAAAUUGAGGGAUAAAGUUACUGCCAAUGGUGAACUUAUUGAGAACCCAACAACUCAGGACAGUUUGACAAUUUCUAUAAAAGUAAUCAAAAUCAAGAUUCUGACAAAGGCAAUUAAAAAGCUUGAAAAAGACAGAGAGAGAGAGAGAGUGAUUGGUAAUGGCUACGAGGAACAUAUGAAGCAUCUAGACAAAAAAAGUGAAUGGAUAUGGAGGAAAUGUGACGAACAAAAGAAGUCUAUCCUCGAGUUGAGGAAAAUACAUAAAGAUGUUUGUAGUAAACUUCAUGCCCAAUUCAUAGAUGAUGAUAAACGUCAGAUUCGGAGGACGAUAUACCAAUAAAUCAAAACAUAGCUCCUCUAUAUUGAUAAACAUGUACGUUUUCUGUUUAUUCAUCUGACAAUAAUAACCCAAAAGUUUGCUUGUG